GGGAUCGGACGGUGGCGGCAGCACACAAUCGCAGUGACACCCAGGAGUUCAUCAUGAAGCUGUUUGUGUUCGCCGUUCUGGUGGCCGUGGCCGCCGCCCAGUACGUCCCCGGCUCUGACAAAGAUGCCGAGACCAUCAAGAACGACUUCGAGCAGGCCAUCGACAACAGCUACCGCUCCGACGUCGAGACCUCCAACGGCAUCAUCAUGAAGAGCGCCGGCGAGAGCCUGCCGGGCCCCGAGCCGGAGACGGGCACCCUUCGCGUGUCGGGCAGCUACCAGUACCAGGCCCCGGACGGGCAGGUCAUCCAGGUCAAUUGGGUGGCUGAUGAGGGGGGCUACCGGGCUACGUCAGAUGCCAUUCCUACUGGAGCCGAUGGCAACGUAGACGCCGCCGCUCCCGCUGCCGAUCCCGCUCCCGCGAGCGUUCCUGAUGUCGUGGAGCCCGCCGCCCCCGUGCUUCUUAAGUGAUCUGCCCUCUGUUUUUGCGUCAUCGCCUGGCCAGCUACUCUCGAUCAUGCUGGUUUGUCUGCCCAAUACAUGCAGUGAGUGUUACA